AUGGACGAUGAUGAGCAAGACUAUGGAGGAUAUUAUGGUCGCCUUCAACCCGAAAACAAUCACUUCACGGACUUGAGAGGUGAUCUUAAUCCCACCGUGUUGCCUGGAAUCCCCACCGUAACUCCCCACAACGCGCAUAAAUAUGGACGUAAUGUGGAUGACGAUAACAGCGAUCACAAUCCUCGCCCGAGAAAAACAGGCGCAGACGCGUCAUCACUCGAUGACGUGAGAGUCUACGUCAAUUCUAUAGAGGCCGAGCACCAAAGGACUUUGGCCUCCAAAGGCCCAAAUUCAUCGGAUUCCGAGUCGAUUUCGACGACAUGGCACAACUGGUCCGAGGACUCGUUGGAAGAACUCGGCCGUUUGGGGGAAGGAGCGGGUGGUGCCGUGUAUAAAGUUCGCGAUAUCGAAUCUGGCCUUAUCAUGGCGAAGAAGUCGAUUCCCGGUACGAUCGAGACAACACCCAAACAGCUCAUUCGAGAAUUGGAGUUUUUAAAGGGUUGCGUUCAUGAAAACAUUACCACCUUUUAUGGGGCUUUCGUGACAAAGCCGGAAAGCGAGAGAGGUGUGGAGGUUUGCGUCCUCAUGGAGUUUGGCGAGGGUGGUUCCCUCGAUGCGAUUUCGCAUCAGAUCCAGAAGAAAGGUCUACGAGUUAGCGAGAAGGUUGUAGGAAAAGUGGCGAUUGGUAUAUUGAGUGGACUUGAUUAUCUCCACUCGAAGAAAGUUGUGCAUCGAGAUAUCAAGCCCUCCAAUAUACUGCUGACUCGCAAAGGAGUAGUCAAGCUGUGUGACUUUGGUGUAUCUGGGGAUCUCGUUCAAUCCGAAGCAAAAACGUUCUUAGGAACGGGAUACUAUAUGGCUCCCGAACGGAUUACGGGCCAGUCAUACAGCAUUCGUGCGGAAGUUUGGUCGACGGGAAUCACACUCAUCGAGUUUGCACAAAACGAAUUCCCCUAUCCACCCAAUCUGAGCCACUUUGAACUGGUUGAUGUGAUCGUCAGAUCGCCUCCGCCCCAAUUGGAUGAAGGAGAGGUGGAUGGUAGAGUUUGGAGUGAGCUGAUGAGAGAUUUCAUUCGAGUAUGUCUCACAGUUGAGGCGGCCGAUCGCCCUCCGCCGAAAGAGAUGUUGAAACAUGAAUGGAUUUUGAAGUCCGAGAAGGAGAAGUUAAAUAUGAAGGAACUGGUUCGAGAUAUUUGGGGCUGGGAGAAAUCGAAGAAAAAGAGAAAGGAGCCCAAGAGGAUGGACUCUCUUGACGCGGGCGUAGCCAGUGGGGAGGACGAAGGUAAAGAUGGAGAAUUUUGA